ACCGAGAUGUUGUCCAGGCCGUGGCAAGAGGUGGUGAAGGAGAAGCGCGAAAUUCGAGAAAAACUGGUCGAACCAUACUUGACCACCAUUAAUGGAGAGCGCGCUGUUGCGGAUACGGUCUUGAAUAUCGAUAAUGUCGAUGAGCUGACAGCGUUACUGGCAACGGGGAAAAUCACUGCGCACGAUGUGACGGCCAACUAUAUCCGAAGAAUAGCGGAAGUACAUCAAAAGAACAAUUGCUUGACCGAAGUGUUCUUCGGAGAUGCACUUGUAGAGGCCAGUAAACUUGACGACUAUUAUCGACAACACGGUGGUCUGAUAGGUCCUUUACAUGGUGUACCUGUCACACUCAAAGACCAAUUUGAUGUCAAAGGGGCGGAUUCAACGCUAGGUUAUGUUGGGAGAGCCUUUAAGCCAGCCUCGAAGGAUGCUGCAAUUGUUCAGAUCCUUAGAUCCUUGGGCGCAAUCAUUUUAGCAAAGACGAAUCUUCCCCAGAGUAUAAUGUGGUGUGAAACCGAGAGUCCACUAUGGGGACUGACGACUAACCCCCGUAAUCCUGCUUUCACCCCGGGAGGAUCGACUGGAGGUGAAGGGGUCCUGCUCGCCCUUCAUGCAUCAAUGAUAGGCUGGGGUACAGAUAUCGGUGGUUCCAUCCGUAUCCCAUCGCAUAUGAAUGGUUUAUGGGGUCUGAAGCCUACGAGCUCUAGACUUCCAUAUAUGGGUGUACCGGUAUCGACAGAGGGACAAGAACAUGUACCCUCAUCCAUAGGCCCCAUGACUAGAAGUCUGUCAUCCCUAGUGACCGUCAUGCAAUGUGCCAUUGAUGCCAAACCUUGGAUACUCGAUCCCAAGGUGACACCUAUUCCGUGGAGGAAGGAUCUCUACGAAGAGGUUCAAACAAGGCCCCUGACCAUCGGCGUGCUAGUCGACGACGGUGUAGUGAAGGUUCAUCCUCCCAUCGAGCGAGUCUUGAAGGAGGUUGAGACCAAGUUGAAAGCUGCAGGUCACGAGCUUGUACAAUGGAAUUGCGCUGGUCACAAGGAAUGCAUUGAGAUUAUGGACCUCUUCUACACAGCGGAUGGAGGUGAAGACAUCCGUAGAGAUGUUCAGGCUGGUGGGGAGCCUUUCAUCCCUCACGUCGAGGCUUUGAUCAAUCGAGGCCAAGCCAUCUCGGUUUACGAUUACUGGCAGUUGAACAAACGGAAACUUGCUGCACAGCAAGCUUACAACGACAAGUGGAGUACAGCAACUGCGCCUGGAUCAGACCGCCCCGUUGACGUCGUCCUCAUGCCCACCAUGCCUCACCCAGCGGUACCACACCGGACGUGCAAAUGGGUGGGCUACACGAAGGUGUGGAAUUUCUUGGAUUAUCCCGCGUUGUCAUUCCCAGCGGGACACGUCGAGGCGUCUCAAGAUCCAUCGGUACCCGGCUAUGAGCCUCGGAAUGAGUACGACGCGUGGAACUGGAAGCUUUAUGAUCCCGAGACGAUGGAUGGUCAUCCCAUCGGUUUGCAAAUAGUGGGUCGUCGGUUCGAAGAAGAGAAAGUCCUAGGUGUUGCAGCUGUGAUAGACAAGCUCGUGAAGACUUGA